UCCACAGUCCUGUGCCGUUGGCGCCGCGCGGCACUUCACGGGGCUUCCCCUCGCGACUCCACAUCAAUUAACCCGUCGCACGCCGGCGACUCUUCGCCCGUUUCGCGCUGCCACGCGCUACUUUUGAUGCGCUCGAGUCAACUUUCGCGGCACCCCCCGUGGACGAGGCUGUUAUGACGGAGGCGGCGGCGGCGGCAAGUUGAUCGCGGCGCGGCUCCGGUUCCGAGCACGUACCGUACGAGCGGCGGCGGUCGCGUAACAGUCAGUACUCGUCCUUGUGUGCGCGAUGGCUCUGCAGGCGCUGAACGCGAGCGCGAGCGCGCUGGAGGAAGCGGCCGCCUGCGCGGAGCAGCGGAACCUCAGCGUGGAAGUUAGCGACUAUAACAUCAGCUGCACGAACAGGUCCGUCCUCCCCAGACCAUCCAUCAGAGCCAAAGAGAUGGACUCGCUGCGUAUCCUGCUCUACACACUCAUCUUCCUGCUCAGCGUCUUCGGCAACCUGUUGAUCAUCGUGGUCCUCAUUCUGAACAAGCGCAUGCGAACCGUCACCAACUCCUUCCUGCUGUCGCUGGCGGUCAGUGACCUGAUGAUGGCCAUCUUCUGCAUGCCGUUCACCCUCAUUCCCAACAUCUUGGAGGACUUCAUCUUCGGAGCCGCCAUGUGCAAGAUCGUCACCUACUUUAUGGGAAUCUCCGUCAGCAUCUCCACCUUCAGCCUUGUGGCUAUUGCCAUUGAGCGGUACAGCGCCAUCUGUAACCCACUGAAGUCGCGAGCGUGGCAGACUCGUUCGCACGCCUACCGCGUCAUCGCUGUUACCUGGGCAGUGUCCCUGCUCAUCAUGGUGCCCUACCCAGUGUUCAGCAUCCUCAAGUCCUACCCUAAAGCCAACGGUAUAAUUGGGCACAUGUGUCGUCUGGACUGGCCCAGUAAGCAAGCUGAGCAAACUUGGUAUGUGCUGCUGCUGUUCACUCUUUUCUUCAUCCCGGGAGUGGUAAUGAUUGUGGCCUAUGGUCUGAUCUCCAGAGAGCUCUAUCGAGGCAUUCAGUUUGAACUGGGCCAGAACAGGGAGACUGCAGGCCAGAAGAACGGGGUCGGUCGGUCCGUGUCGGGGUUGAACGAUGACGACGACGGCUGCUACAUCCAGGUCCAUAAGAAGCCCUCCUCCUCUGUGGAGCUGCCCACCCUCUCCGCCUCGUCCGGCGCCGCCCAGGCCAAGACGGAGCGGGCCCGCAGCAACACGUCGGAGGCCAAGCUGCAGGCCAAGAGGCGGGUCAUCCGCAUGCUGAUGGUGAUCGUAGCGCUCUUCUUCAUCUGCUGGAUGCCUCUGUACUCAGCCAACACCUGGAGGGCCUUUGACCUGAGGUCAGCCUCCAAAGCCCUGUCCGGAGCCCCCAUCUCCUUCAUCCACCUCCUGUCUUACACGUCGGCCUGCGUCAACCCCAUCAUCUACUGCUUCAUGAACACGCGCUUCCGCAAGGCCCUGCUGUCCACGUUCGCCUGCUGCUGCCGCAGCCGCUUGUGCCGCUGGUGCUGGGGCCGCAGGAGGAGGGAGGGGGGCGAGGACGGCAUCACCGCCACCUCCAUGGCCACGUCCAUGGCCACGUCCAUGUCCAGGUUCAGCUACACCACUGUGAGCACCACCGCCACCUGCUGAGGUCCCGGGCAGCGUCCGCCGGCACCUCCCGUCUUCGCCGUGUUGUUGCUUUUCUGAACCUCGGGUUUAUCGGUCUUCAUCUUAAUGUGCUGUGAGUCACGCGCUGAGUAAAAUCCCCGCUCCCGUUCACGAGGCCCUUUUAAAAGGUCUCGUUCAGACUCUGCGUGCAUGGUUGCAGAAUGUGAGGCGAGUAAAAGCAUCACUUCAGUUAAGUGACUUUUUUUUUUUUUUUAAUUGGCAGCAUCCGCUUUGUUGCGUCCUAAAAAAAGAACAUCAAGUGCCUGUGCUGUUUGUGCAGCUUUAUUUGUCACUGUAGUUUGUUGGCUUGCGGAGACGGUCGUCUUAGUGGAUGGGGCUUGUAUUUACAGUAUGUUCUGAUAGUGCCAAAGGUUAAGUUCUGACGGAGACACACUGUUAAACAAUGAUGACUCAUUACCUAUAAUGAAUGUUCAUGUUCGUCCAGUCCGAGUGUCUCUAUGGGAGUGAACGUUAUACACAUCAUGAGGCUUGGAAGCCACCUUUUAUAUCACAUAACAUGCACCCACUGGCUUCUAAUGGUUUGGACACCAUAUUUAUAAUGAAAGGGGUCAAAACAUUAGAAUCACUUCCUACGACUCCAGCACCUGCCUCAAUAAUGAACAUUAUCAUUACACACACAGUAUGUUUUACAUUUUAUCAGCCAUCAUGUGUAAAAACAAUUUCAUCAAGUUCAUCAAGACCAAAAAUAUUUAUUUAUUCAUAUGAUCUUGUUCUGGAAAUGAAUUAUGAGUGGUACUGAUGAGGCAGAUGUAUCUUUAGCUCAACAUCUUCAUACUAUGACUUCCCUGUUGUAAGGAUUGAGGCCGCUUCCUCGUUUGUGUCGUGUAACACGCUGGGAUCAAACGUGACUUGGUCGUGGAACCCGUAGUGCAGACUGUGCAGUAGUAGCUGCUCCCAGUGUGCUUUGAACACUGAUGCAGACAUUAACAUCGGUAUGUGAAUUAGCCGAUAGUACAUGAAAGGCUGAUAGCACCUGCUUCCUGCUCCAGUCUGCCCCGGCUACAAAUGGCACGGGAGCAGUGCUUUAGUCAAACUCACCUUUUCAGCUCAAUUACCUCAGUGUUGUCUUUUAUGUACUCUCUCUGCCUUCUGCUGCAGCGCUGCCAAUUACCCUGAGCAUUACCUAAGUACAAAGCCCUCGUUUCUGAGGCUCAGACUAACGAGGUGUUUCUCAGGGACUCUCUCCUUGCGGCACGAGCUUCGUGGGUUUGCCUUGGCGACAGAUGUCAGCGCUUGCAUGUUCCGUCGCCGGCUCUUUUGAUAAUAACGAAGACAAGCUUGAUUUCUGAAGGAACCUCUGCGCAGCGUGUUACAAGGAGAGCGGGGUGGCAGCAACAACAAAACGAGUGGGUGCACACAGAUAAUUGAGUUUCAACACUGAAAUAAUCGACUAGAUUAGAAAAAGCUAUUUUAGAAAGAAUGAUUAUAUUAAGACAAGCAUGCAGAGUUUUGGUAAUUCACUACAUUACUUGAAGGUUAGAUAAGAAUGGUGCCAUGUGGUAUAUUACUUUUAAAAAGGCUGGAGCAUUUAAAGCUAAUGUUGCUGUGACAUUGGGAGAAAUGAUUUAUUAAAGGUUAAUCAUCCUCCUUGUUAUUGCGAUGCUGCACCAUCGUUAAGCUGUCGUUAACCAAAUGCUACCUCCUCAGUGCUCCACGUUGGUCCAUGUUUGGGUGUGAAACUGCAGUGGAUGCUUUGGGUCCGAGCAUCUGAGGCUUUAGUUUGCCUAAAGCUGCGCUCCCUCGGUCGGCUCCUCAUGUCUUGGCGUGGCCCGUGUCAUCCAGGGAGGACAGAGUAAUUGCACUUGGGAAACUACUUUUGCGUGUUGUGAGUGACACAUUUUGCUACCGUAGCCGUUCGUGUUGUUUUUCCAGAAAGAAACUGAACCAAGAGGAAAAUGAUUAUUUCAAAACUGAUUUGGACCAAACCGAGACACACUAGAUUGUAAAAUGAAGGCGUGAGCUUGUAUUGUAUGAGACAUAAUUGUGUUUGGACAAAGCCACCUGACGUCCAUCUUUAGUAGCUGCUUAGUUUGCAACCUGUCCCACUACUACGUACAAGCAGCACUCGUCUUGUGUAAAUGCAGGAGGACACUCCUGUGUUUUGUUGUUUUUUUAGUUUGGAGGAGAAACUAUGUACUGUGAAUGAUCCUGACCUCUAAAGCCCCCUGGGAGACUUCACUGCACACGCUGUCUUUAUUUAACUGGAGUCUUUCUUCCCGACUGUUCGUGCCGUCAGCACCCUACGAACAAAGUCAACAGACGUUGUUCAUUAAUGACUGAUUGUCUGCUUUAUGCCACAAUACGGAUGUGAACCGCGUUGCAGCGAAUACAUUAACGCCCCAUUAGGAUACGAGGCCCAUUGAACCUUUUCUGCUGGCCUCUGCGGCUGCAAAGUAGCUGGAUUUGUGUUACGCAGCGUGAUGUGUUACGUCGGCGCUAAACACUGACAGCUUAGCGCUGUCAUCUCGCAGCGCUUUCAAGUUUGAUCCGCUUUUUUUUAUGUCCUUCCACCGCCGAGAACCCCCCGUUCCCGCAGCCCCCCCCCCAUCCGCCCCCACCCCUCGGUUUUAUCCCUUCCAGUGCAGAGGCGUGCGAAUACAUGAAUGACAAUAGCGUGCGGGUGACAGCUGAGAUUUGCAGGCACAAGCGCCGCUGUCCGAGAGCGGUUUACAGGCGGCGGCGGCGAAUCUGGCGCGCUGACAGACGACUGGCAGCAAAGCCUUACUGAGCACGAGCCCCGACUCUUUGUAACUGAGGCAGCAGACAACGAGCCAUUUCCAUAUUCUCACCGGCGGGAUUGAUGUGACCAUCUGUUCGCCCCCUCCAAUUCCCCGUGACAUUGAAAUUCUUGAGAAUGUUCUGAGGAAGCUGGAGAUUUUAGUUUAAUGAAGUGCAAGUUCUUAAUGUCAGAAGACUGUGAAGGGAAGCGUCCUCAGCUGUGGGUGUUCUUAUAUGGUUGCAUGCGGAGUCACAGCUUCAUUAAGUGCGUUAACGUUAGUCUGCUUUCAUUCAUUCACAUGAACCCAUUCAAAUAUAUGUAACCGUGUUCACCUAAACCUCCGGUAGAGACCAAGAUGCUUUAGAAAAGUUUUCAUUUAACUUCGCUGUUCACAUGAUCAGCAGAUACAGAUGUGAUUUAUAAAACCGAACAAACCACAGCAGAAGAUGUUUGUGCUGUUACUCAUCACACACAGCAAAUACGUCUUGAAUUCAGCCGAUGCUGUUCCUAACGCGGGCAGAUCUAUUGACCAGAACCCGAAUGCGCAGGAGUGACCGAGCACUUGGAGGAUCCAGUGAAGGAUGAGCAGUCCGAGCCACUGAAAGGUCUGCGCGGCAGUGAGUCGGCAGGUGAAAUGCUCCUCGGGGGGAAGAAGCCUGAUUCUGACCCCGUCCUCAGAACAAUGUCUGAUGCAAAUGGGAAGUGAAACGAGACAGAGAGUCCUCUUAUCUCUACCUCCCUCAACAAGAAUUUCAAUAGGUGCUCGAGGCGAAGGGGGGGAAAUAAAUAAAUAAAAACAGCAAACCUCAUUUUCCUGUGCACGACACGUGGAACACAUUGUGAUCAUCUGGGGACACAAAAGAAGUCGCACAAGAAUCAAACGGCCGCCGUCUUUAAUGAAACGGCAACAAAACGGUUUCCCAACAUGUGUUUCAAGCGCCGACGAAACGCCCUCAGAGAUGGUGUGCUCUUUGAGCUGCUGAUAAGGAUUUUGAUUAUGAAUGAGCCUUAGCUCUAAUUCGGGGGAUUUUCCAGGCUUACUUUUCUAAUUGUAGGAUCACGCGCCGCGCAGAACAGUUAAACCGCUGGUGGAACCGAGGUUCUUCUCGGACGGAGCGGCCGUUAGCGAACGGAAGGAAGCCGUUCCUCUCAUGCUGUAGAACACGUGCCUCGGCUGCAGAAUAAUUUAUAAUUGCAAAGAGAGUGUUUUGUAGAUUUGCCUCAGGCACAGACGGGUUUGUUUCUUUUUUGUUUUGGCCCUACAGGUUCGGUACCUAAGAGAAGUCGAGUUACCGCGAUAUCUCUGAUUUCACAUCUUCCUCUCGUGUACGAUCUCCUACAGCCGCGCGCGUCUCGUGAAAAGAAGGGGAGCGCCGGCGUCAGCGCUAACGUGCUCGGGCCUCGGCUCCGACGGACAAAGCCCAGCAGUAAACACAGCCAGAGACGCUGGUGGCGACAGCACGCGUUUAGCUUGUUGGCAGUGGAACCGCUGCGUGUUUGUGCGUCCGCUCGUGGUCGGCGUCUACCGGAGCAGCCUGCGUGUGCGCUGCUCCUCAUUUAGCCACAUCUGGUGCCUGCUCGUGCUACAGUAGAAACUAUGUAACUGUUAUAGAGAAGGUUAUUCAGCAUUAGCCUAUAGAUGUUUGUGAUGUUUUGCUUUUCAUGUAUCUCUUGUACAAUAUAAUUGGAGCAGUGUUGGUUUAUGAUUUCUGACUACAUGUGUGGUGUUUUUCAUGCCAAAUGUCUAUUAACCAACAAAAUAAAUAUUAGGACAACC